CAAUGGCAUAUGGCCAUUUGCGUUACUUGGGGAGUACUCCACAUGUCCAUUCCACACACAGAGAGAGAGAGAGAGAGGAUAGGUAGCAGGUAGUAGAUAGUAGUUCUUCCAGGUUACAAGUUCCAUCCAGUCCACAACUGGAAGCUGCUCGAUGAAAACUGUAAUCUGAUUCCAGUCUUUCCCAGAUCAACCAGAAGAACAAAGCAUAGUAGCAGGGGCAAGGAAAGUUAUCUCAGGGUCUAAGAAGAAUGGAGAGAUUGCAGAGGAUUUUCUCGGGUGCAGGUGGGAUGGGACACCCUCCACCUGAUUCUCCCCUCCUCGAUUCCUCCGAGCAGGUUUACAUCUCCUCGCUUGCCCUCCUCAAGAUGCUCAAACACGGAAGAGCUGGUGUUCCCAUGGAAGUCAUGGGAUUGAUGCUUGGUGAGUUUGUAGAUGAGUACACUGUCCGCGUCGUGGACGUUUUUGCUAUGCCUCAAAGUGGUACUGGUGUUAGUGUUGAGGCCGUUGAUCACGUCUUUCAAACUAACAUGCUUGAUAUGCUCAAGCAGACGGGGAGACCAGAAAUGGUGGUUGGUUGGUACCAUUCACAUCCUGGCUUUGGCUGCUGGCUUUCUGGGGUUGAUAUAAAUACACAACAGAGUUUUGAGGCUCUGAAUCAAAGGGCUGUUGCUGUGGUGGUGGAUCCAAUUCAGAGUGUCAAAGGGAAGGUGGUUAUUGAUGCCUUCCGCUUGAUCAACCCACAGACAAUGAUGCUUGGCCAAGAGCCACGCCAAACAACUUCCAACCUUGGACAUCUGAACAAGCCAUCUAUCCAGGCGUUGAUCCAUGGGUUGAACCGGCAUUACUACUCGAUUGCCAUUAACUACAGGAAGAAUGAACUUGAGGAGAAGAUGUUACUAAACCUACACAAAAAGAAGUGGACAGAUGGCUUGACACUACAGCGGUUUGAUAUCCAUUCAAAGACCAACGAGCAAAUUGUCCAGGAGAUGCUAAGUUUGGCCAUAAAAUACAACAAGGCAGUCCAGGAAGAAGAUGAAUUGCCUCCUGAAAAGCUUGCUAUCGCAAAUGUAGGCAGGCAGGAUGCGAAGAAGCAUUUGGAAGAGCACGUAUCCAAUUUGAUGUCAUCAAACAUAAUUCAGACUCUAGGGACCAUGCUUGACACAGUGGUAUUUUGAGGGGAAAUACUCUUGAUUCCACAAGGUGGUAGAUCCUGUUGACAACAUCCACCAAGAGAAAACUUGAAGAUUCAAAAUCCAUGUAACUAUGGCAAGUAAUCGGAGCAGAGUAAUGGUGAAUUUGUUGUCUUUCAACAAUUCAACCUAAAGACCAAGGAUCAUAUUUCUUAUUUGUAUUUUUCAUACCAAAAAAUUAUGGGUUAUAGUGAUUAGGGGAAUUUAAUGUGAGAAAGUCAAUUAGACAAAUUUGAAUUUGAAUAACUAAUGCUUGAAUAGUUGUCGAUACAUCCACAGUCUACCAUGUAAGUAUUGAAUGGUACUCCUGUAACGCUGUUGCUGGUUUGUCUUUCUCUUGAUUGAUGGAGUUUGGUUGCUGUCAA